AUGGCUUCUUCAAUUUCUUCAAAAGCGAGCAAAAUUCAAAAAAAUCACAGCCCUUCAUCUCAUGGAACCCUACACAAGUCGGUACCUAUUUCAGGGCUGCUCCUUUUUUUGUUUUGCAUCUUCUCCUUAAACCCUCCCAGCAAUUACCAACCUUUCAGUCGUCCCACUACUACUCCCAGCUCUUCGACCAACAUCAGCCACAUUGUUUUUGGAAUUGUCGGCGCCCUGAAUACAUGGAACUCCAGAAAACCAUACGUUGAAUCAUGGUGGCGACCAAACAUAACCCGAGGAUAUCUUUUCCUCGACGGACAGCCGACGCCGGAGUUCCAACCAUGGCCUUCAAAUCUUCCUCCUUUUCAUGUCAGCGAGGAUGUCAGGAAGAUCCCAACAUUCCCCAAAACGGUGAGGCUGAUUCCGGCUCGAAUCGUGCGAACAAUAAUUGAAGCGUUUAGGAAGGGAGAUAAAAACGUGAGGUGGUAUGUGAUGGGAGAUGAUGAUACAAUAUUUUUUGUUGAUAAUUUAAUUGGGGUUCUUGCAAAAUACAACCAUUCAAAGUACUACUAUAUUGGGUCGAAUUCUGAUUUUGUUAAAUCCAACUAUGAUUUCUCGUUUGAUAUGGCUUUUGGUGGAGCUGGAUAUGCUUUGAGCUACCCUCUGGUUGAAGCAUUGGCAGCCAAGUUAGACGCUUUUUUGGUGCUUGUUCUCUGA